CCAUGCUUCUGGGUAUUUCAUGAAUGUAUGCCCGAGUCAUCGCACAGAAUUGGAUAAGAAGCUGCCGCUCAGGCACGAUACUAUCCACCACCCCUACAACCUUAUAUAAAUCGGCAACAACAUCAACCCUUGCCCGCAUCAUCCCCUCUUCAGCUCCAGCUCCAGCUCCGAGCGGGGCUCCUACUAUCGCAACCAUGUCGACUGCCACGACCACCACUCCCACGCGCAAACCCAUGCCCUCGGCAUUGACCUUUGACUUACAUGCCAAGUGUUCAACAACAAAAGCACGCGCCAGUACCCUCCGCCUCCCCCAUGGCGAUGUCCCCCUCCCUAUCUUCAUGCCCGUCGCGACCCAGGCCUCUCUGAAGGGCUUGACGUACGACCAGCUCCGCCAGACGGGAUGCCAGCUCUGUCUGAAUAAUACCUACCACCUUGGAUUGAAACCCGGACAGGCGGUGCUGGAUGCCGUAGGCGGGGCGCAUAAGUUGCAGGGAUGGGAUCGGAAUAUUCUUACGGAUAGUGGAGGAUUCCAAAUGGUGUCCUUGCUUAAACUUGCGACUGUUACGGAGGAAGGUGUACGGUUUUUGAGUCCUCAUGAUGGCACACCGAUGCUGCUCACCCCCGAACAUUCCAUCUCGUUACAGAAUUCGAUUGGAUCCGAUAUUAUCAUGCAAUUGGACGACGUGAUCGCAACCACUUCGCCGGACCAGGCGAGAAUCUACGAAGCCAUGGAGCGGUCUGUUCGCUGGUUAGAUCGUUGUAUCGAUGCACACAAGUACCCGGAGAGGCAGAAUCUGUUUUGCAUUAUCCAGGGUGGACUGGAUUUGGAGAUGCGGAAGCAAUGCUGCGAGGAGAUGGUGGCGCGAGAUACACCGGGUAUCGCCAUUGGUGGUCUUUCUGGUGGUGAGGCCAAGGAGGACUUUUGCAGGGUGGUGGAUACUUGUACGGGACUGCUCCCGGAGAAGAAGCCGCGAUAUGUGAUGGGAGUGGGCUAUCCGGAGGACUUGAUCAUGGGAGUUGCGCUCGGCGCAGACAUGUUUGAUUGUGUCUGGCCGACACGGACGGCUCGCUUCGGCAACGCCGUGGUCCCGACAGGGACAUUGAACCUGCGCCAUCGGUCUUUCGCAGAGGACUUCCGGCCGGUGCAGGAGGGCUGCACAUGCAGCAUCUGUCUCCCGAAGGAGCAGGGUGGACUGGGCAUUACGCGGGCAUACCUGCACCAUUUGGCGGCGAAGGAGACAGUAGGAGCGCAUCUGCUUACGAUGCACAACGUGCACUAUCUGCUGUCGCUGAUGGGAUCGGCGCGACAGGCCAUCAUAGAGGACCGGUUCCCGGCAUUCUUGCGCGACUUCUUUGGGAAGUUGUAUGAAGAGAAGACGAAUUACCCGGAGUGGGUAGUGACUGCACUGCGGGGAGUGGGAGUAGAUUUGAUGGAGUAAGAUACCAGAUACCAGUUGAAUAGAGUCG